UUUGUGUGAAAAACAGAGACAACGCCGGCACCUUCAGGAGCUGCUGUCCACUGGUUUGAAACCGCUGGAAAACAAAUACAAGCAUUCCUGCCUGCCAUGUAUCUGCCCUCCCAGAUCCUGAUCUUCCUUGUGAUGAUGCAAUGUGUUGCCACAGUCCCUUACAACAGGUACUCCCUUUCCUCUAACGACAAGCCGGAUGCCUCGCGAGAGGUCAAUGGAUGGCUGGUUACAGAUCUAUCUGACAAUCCAUUUGUGAGUUUUACGAGGCCACGGCCUCCGAGGGGCCUCCCUGCGGUGAACAGUCAUUACAUGGAAAAGCGGAAGUGUAACACAGCCACCUGCGUGACUCAGAGAUUAGCAGACUUUCUCGUCCGCUCCAGCAACACCCGUGGCACCGUCUACGCGCCGACCAACGUGGGAGCCAACACCUAUGGGAAGAGAGACUUGCUGCAGUCGCCCAUUUACCUGCCCCUAUAGUUCAAAUGCAGACACAUUGGAAAAUACAGGCAAAUAAAUGUAAGAUGUAUACUAAUUCUGUGCGUUUAUUUUAUUAUUAUUUAUUAUCAUGAUUAUCCCCCCCAAAGUAUAAAAGAGCCAGUGCCUUUUGGUGUGAACAACUGUUUGCAGCAUUUUCAGUUUCGGGGUAAAACCUUGCAUGUCAAUAAGGACGUAUGGUGUUUUGCAACA